AUGGCCAGCUAUCUCAUCACCGGAUCCUCGCGGGGUCUCGGCCUCGCCCUCGUGUCGCAAUUGCUCUCCCUCCCCGCGUCGCAAGUCGCGUCCAUCUUCGCGACCUCGCGGUCAGGCCAGCCCAGCCCUAGUCUCAAAGAGCUCAUCGACCAGUCCUCCGGACGCGCCUCAUAUGUCCAGCUCGACGUAAGCGACACCAUCAGCAUCCGAACAGCUGCGCGACAAAUAGAGCGCCAGCUGCAAGGCCGGGGGCUAGAUGUGCUGAUCAACAACGCGGGGAUCCAACCCGUGACGAAAGGGGGCCCAGAAUACAUGGACAAUCUGAACGACGCAUUCAACAUCAACGUGAACGCACCCCAUGAGGUAACCCGUACAUUCUUACCGCUGCUUCGCAAAGGAGAGCGAAAGGUCAUUACCAACAUAUCCACGACGUUGGGUUCCAUUAGCAAGGCCUCGCCUUUCAUGGCGAAAACGACCCCGGCGUAUAACAUCACCAAGGCGGCUUUGAAUAUGCUGACUGUUCAGUAUGCGCUGAGUCUUGAAUCUGAGGGCUUUACUGUUUUCUGUGUUAGUCCUGGGUGGUUAAAAACCGACCUAGGUGGACCCAGGGCGGAUCUACCGGUCGAGACUGGCGCCGAGGCAGUGAUGAAGAUUAUCCUCCAGGCCAACCACAGGGACACGAAUGGGAAGUUCCUCAACAUCCAUGUACCCGGGUGGGAGCAGACGCAGGGAUUCAAUCAAUACGACGGGGCGGAGAUACCCUGGUAA